GAGACCAGGCAACCUUUACUUUACGCUGUCUUCUCCUCAUUCCUGGUUCUGAGCACUUUGGCGGUUAUCCUCCGUUUUAUCUCACGGUCCAUUGCACGUGUCGGUCAGCACCGCGAUGAUAUCUUCAUUGUGAUAGGAUGGGCCCUCUACAUGGCCUUCAUCGGCGUCGCCAUUGGCGAUGUCAAAACCAGCGGUCUUGGUUUACACCAAGCUCUUGUCAAUCCUGAGAUGAUGCAAAGCUGGGCCAAAUAUGUCUUAGCAGUUGCCUUUCUCUAUGUGUUCUCCGUGGUGUUCCCCAAGAUAGCUGUUUUGAGCUUAUACCUCUCUAUUUUCACUCGGCAGCGUAUUUCACGCAUCAUUUGCUAUGUUAUCGGCGGGCUCAUCGUCGGCAAUUGCUUAGGAUGUGCCGGGGCGGCCUUUGCCCUCUGUAUCCCGCUUGAAUCAUUUUGGAAUCCCCAGAUACACGGGCGGUGUUUCGACAUGAACAGCUGGUUUCGCUAUGCCCGGGUCAUCAACAUCCUUUCCGACAUUGUCUUGCUUGUCCUCCCACUGCCACAUGUUUACCACCUUCAGAGCCCGACCCGGUUGAAGAUUGGAGUGCUAGUCACAUUCCUGACAGGAAGUUUGGGCCUCAUAGCAAGUCUCAUUACACUUUUCGAGUUUUCCAGAACCAACGCUGUGUCUGACAGCACAUGGACUGGCGCAUUACUCAUUCUCUGGGCCAUCAUCGAGACUGGGAUGUACCUUAUUGCUGCAUGUAUGAUCUCCUACCCGCCAUUGAUUAAGUAUAUAUGGAAGGGCCUUUCCAGACGUCCCAAGGGC